AAAGACAAAAGUCAAAUGGCUGCUGUUUACCCUAGAUACCUUACUUCCUGAUCACGUACAAGCGACCAGUGAAGGCCAUGGAUACCCCCACUGUCAGCCCAUACCCAGGUUUUGACAGAUCAGGUCAGUAUUUGACUCCUCGCAAAGCCCCACGUGUGAAGCCUGAGGCAGAGGAGUAUGCCUCACGAAACCUAGGCACCACCAACAUCUUCAGCAGUGAGCAUUACGAGCCUAUUGUUACACCUUCUCCGUCUCCUCGCUGUCCCUCAUAUGAGGCCCGAGACAACUACCAAAGAUCAAGAGGUCAAGUGGCUGGACUUCUGGGAGGAAGUGGACCUGCUGUACCACUUGAGUCUGCACCGGCACCAAGAGUGCGACCAGAGGCACAGAGCAUUGCUGAAAACCACUUGGGAAGAGGGAUGUCAGAAAUUCUGGCAAGUUCCAGCCAGGCUUCAGAAUAUGCCCAACCAGUUCCCAGGGUGAAGGUGGAAGCAGCUGACCAGGCAGAGCUGGCUCGGGGUCAGAGAAUGGGUAAACUUCUCCACAACCCUGAUGGCCUACCUGCCACUGCCAGAUGCCAACCUCGUGUUAAGCCAGAGGCAGCUGAAAUAGCACACUUGGGUGCCGGUCCUCAAAUGAAUAAGAUAAUGAACAAAUAUGGUGAAACACCAAGGUCAAGUCGACCAGUUCCACGUGUUAAACAGGAAGCAGCAGAGAUGGCUAGUAUGGACAGAGGUGGGCGCAUGCAGAACCUACUGAACAGUUAUGGGAAACUGCCAGAGUCAGCACGGCCGGUUCCACGCGUCAGAGAUGGACUGGAGUAUGCCAGCCUCGAUCAGGGGGGCCGCAUGUCUCGGCUCAUGCAUGAAGGGGAUACACUGCCAGGUGAUUUGAAACCACCUCCUCGAGCACCAUCCUCUUCUGGACGACGCAAUGUGAGGAAGGGCAAACAAGGAACCGUCAGCCAAGUCUUUGCAGAGACUGCAAAGUGGCAGAUUGUGACAAAACCUGGCAUUCGCAGUACGAAAGGUGCGUUAGGGUGAAACAUAAUUGAAAGACUAUUACUUCAGUUUCUGCAUUACCUCCUCUGGAACAUUUUUGAUGGUUAUUUAUUCAUGCAUGAUGUCAUAGAAAAAAGUUGAUGUCAAGGUAAGCAUAUAUGAUUUAUUUUGCUUUUGAAUGCAGUAGUUCCUUUCCUAGAACAACAGUCAUUGAGCAGAACAUUCAGUUGCUGUUUAGCAGCAAAUGCUCAGUACCUCCUGAAGUUGGCAUUUCAGUACACUGGGAUACCAGCUGACCUGUGGCAAUCAAUAGGUCCUCAUGUUAUACAGUUUAUCUUCCAUAUCAUUUGCCUAGAGUGCAAAGUCACAUCUGUCUUUUGCUGACAUUAGCUGGUCAAAUACCAAGUUAGUUCAUAUGAGAGUGAGACCGACUCUAACAACUGCUCAUUUUGAGGUAUUUGCUGAGACAGGCACUGCGUACAAUUUACCAAAGAGAAAACACUGUUAUUUGGAUUUUACAAAUGUUUAGUGCCUUUGGCAGCGUUGUAGUGCCUUGAUGGUAAUUUAAGUAUUUUUUUCCCCCUUGGUAUCAUGUGCUACAAAGUUCUGCAAAACAAAGAACACUAAUCUGCUCUGUAAAAUUGUAUGUUCCAAUCCUCCAGCCUCACCACCAGGCAAUGGGAACAGUGGAUUUAAAAGCAGUGCCUCACCUUUUCUUCCAACCUAGAAAAAUUAUUUUAAAAGGACUGGUUUUAAAUGAAGUUACUCCUCCUAAGCAUUUACUCGUCUGAACUCGUACAUAAUACAGGGCAGGUCACCUAACAGUAGCUCACCUUUUACGAGUUCAUUAUAAGAGGCAGACUACCCUGUACAAGCAUGGUUUAUAACUUAUGGGUAAACAAUCAAGAACAAACUUUUAAAUUUUUGAAUAAUGUUGUAUUUCUUUUUAUUUUGCUAAUAAACACUUGAACAAACACUACAAAAACAGCCAUUUCAUGGAAGAAUUUAUUUCAAUACAGUCUUGUGACAAAAUGUACUAUCGUUACCUGCUCCACCAUUUUUAAAUUUAAAAAAAAUGUAGGUAUGAAGCAGUAGAACAUGUUUAAAUGCUUAUUCAAUAGAAUAAAUGUUCUUUGUUUUUUAAUAGCACAUGAUGGCAAUUAUUUGAAGCAUUUUAUUGGUAAAUAAGUUCCAUUUGACAUAAAUGUGAUGAAGUAUGGAUAAAUAAUAUUAAAAGUUUUAGCAAUUUGAACCAUUAAAGACAAAUAUCAAGAUACAGCACUAUAUUUGAUAUAGACAUGCCACACACAACAUGCACACCACCCACUCAGUAUCUAAGUUCUUUGCAGUUUUGAAUUUCUUGCUCAACUGUACAUAUUAAAGUAAACUGUAAAGAAUUUAUGUGUACUUACAAACAAAAUUAAAAAAAA